AUGGACAGUCCAUGGUCGUCGGUAGGAUCGCAAGUCUCGUCUUCGGUUCCUACGCCGUGGGAGGAAGUCCAGCAGCAGGCUCUUUGUGUGGAUGAGGUUCUGCUGCAGGUUGGCGAUGUACAGUGCUCAAUUCCGGUAUCUCAUCCAUUGACGCAAAGAUGUCGGUCUCUCGGCGAGGCUUUCUUGUCUCGAAAUCAUCAAGAAUUCUCGUCUGUCCUGGAGCUUUGCUCCUCGUUUAUGCGGUUUAUCCAGGAUCAUGUACCCGAGGGAGCCUCGAGUUCCCCUACAUUGGAUCUUGCAAUUCUCAGAGAAGUCCUCAGCUACUUCCAAAACGACAUAUUACAGAAUGAAAACAUAAACACUGUCCUGGCGUCAACGGCCGUGAAUGAAGGCCUGCAUAAUUCGAUUCUGCGGACAUACUUCCAUGAUUGUGCUGUGACAGGUCACAAAUGCGCCGCUGGGACGAGUCAAUUACUUGCAAGCGCGGAAAGAGGGGACGCCAGACUGUUCGCUUUGUUUAACGGCCAAGGCGUUGAGACUUACUUUGAUGAGCUGGCUGAGACAUACGAAAUCUAUCAAGAUCACAUUACGUCUCUUGUGCAUACUCUGGCUGAGACCCUUUUUCGACUCGCCGCAGAUAGUAGGGUCAAGGGUAUCUUUCCACAUGGACUUGACAUCAAAUCAUGGCUUCGAAAUCCGGAUACUCAGCCGGAACGCGAGUAUCUCACCACAGCCGCCGUCAGCCUUCCUCUCAUUGCUGUCUGUCAAUUAGUGCAAUAUGCAGUUGCGUGUAUCAACUUGGAAGUAUCGCCUGGAGACCUGCGUCAGUAUCUAUCCGGUGCUACUGGCCAUUCUCAGGGAGUCGUUGUGGCAGCGUUUGUUGCUGCUGCGGACUCGUGGGAUGGCUUCUACAGUGCCGCUCAACAAGCGGUCGAAGUCCUCUUCUGGAUAGGCGCGAGGUGCCACCAGAGUACAACCUCGGUGGAAGCCGGCUGGAAUCAGUCUCCCGCAUCGUGCAUGCUCAGCGUGAAAGGCGAAUCCCAGCAAGCGUUACAGAAACAGAUCGACGAGAUCAACGCAUGUCUUCCUCCCUCAGAAAGCGUCCGCCUGGGACUGGUGAACGGGCCUCAGCUGUUCGUCGUAUCCGGACAUCCAAACUCACUACGAGCACUGGAAAGACUGAUCCAGUUGCAGAGUCGUACUGCAUCUGACCCCAGCAAGAACUGGUCUCGCGUGCCCUUCAGCCAACGCCCACCGGCUGUCUCUACACGACAUUUACCGGUCACUGUUCCCUUUCACUCACCUUACCUGCAAGAAGCUGAAAAGCUCAUCAUACAAGAUUUGGCCUCCCUCACUCUCCGUGGGACAGAUCUGGCAUUUCCAGUGUAUCACACUGAAACAGCCGAGAAUUUGCAGACAAGCUCGAGCUCAAACCUGAUUCCGGAGCUUGUGCGCAUGAUUUGCACGGAAAGCGUGCAGUGGGAAACUCUACUGCAAAAGGCUCUCCCCGGCUUUACGCACGUCUUGGACUUUGGACCUGGAGGGGACGCGGGGGUAGGCAGCCUUAUCAGCCAGCAGCGCGAGGGAACGGGUUUGAGGACGGUCAUCGUUUCUGCUUUGGACGGCCCUAAUCCAACGUUGAGUUACGCAACAGACUUGUAUACGCGCAAUAAUCCUGUCCGAUACAAUCCAGUCUGGUUCACGAAGUUUGCACCAUCGCUCCUGCAGUCUCCGGCUUCCCAACAUCCAGGCUCUGAGUCUCCUCUGGUAAACACAAAAUUCACGCAGCUCCUCGGCCUCCCACCACUCAUGGUCGCUGGAAUGACGCCUACAACGACGGCUCCGGAGUUUGUCGCAGCGAUAGUCAAUGCCGGGUACCACGCCGAACUGGCAUGUGGUGGGUUCCCAGACGCCGACAAAAUGCGCGAGGGCAUCCUCUCUCUCGCGGCGAAGAUUCCCCCAGGCCGUGGGAUAACCUGCAACGUCAUCUACGCGAAUCCAGCAGCAAUGGCAUGGCAGAUUCCGCUUCUUGCCGAGUUGCGCCGCUCAGGAGUCCCCAUAACAGGGCUCACAAUAGGGGCUGGAGUUCCAUCCCCGGAAAUCGUGCAGGACUAUAUCCAAGAGCUAUCACUGCACCAUAUCGGACUGAAGCCCGGCUCACGAGACGCAAUUGACGCCGUGCUGGAAAUUGCGCGCGCGAACCCCCAUUUCCCUAUUCUCCUGCAGUGGACGGGCGGCCGGGGCGGCGGGCACCAUUCCUACGAGGACUUCCACGACCCCAUCCUACAGCGGUACGGCGCCAUCCGGGCUCAUCCCAACGUCGUCCUUGUGGCAGGCAGUGGCUUUGGUGAUGGCGAAGGCACCUACCCGUACCUGAGUGGUAGCUGGGCCGAGCGAUUUGGGCGGCCUGCUAUGCCAUUCGACGCGAUUCUCCUUGGAAGCAGGGUCAUGGCAGCAAAGGAAGCGCGGACCAGUCUUGCUGUCAAACAAACCCUCUGCGAGAUUCCUGGCGUUCGGGACCUAGACUGGGAGGGAACCUACCAGCAGCCCACUGGAGGCAUCCUGACAGUCCGCUCGGAGAUGGGCGAGCCGAUCCACAAGGUUGCGACGAGGGGCGUCAUGUUCUGGGCGGAACUGGAUCGGGAUGUCUUCGGUCUACCCCGGGAGAAGCAAAAGGAGGCUCUUCUGGCUCGCAAGGAGUAUUACAUUCGCCGGCUGAAUGAGGAUUUCCAGAAGGUCUGGUUUGGGAUCGAUGCCAGUGGUAACGUUGUUGAUCUGCAGCAGAUGACCUAUGGCGAGGUGUGGACGCGCCUGUUCGAACUGCUAUAUCUUCCUCAUCCUGGACAAUGGAUUGAUCCCUCAUUCCAAACCCUUGUGUGGGACUUUACACGGCGUAUGGAAGAGAGGCUGAGUACUAGUCCCAUUGCCAUUCUCCACGAUCUCUCUCAGCUCGACGAGCCGAAAACGCUCGAAAGAGACCUCCUUGCCCGGUAUCCGCAGGCAAAGAAGGAGAUCAUUACAGCCGCAGACGCCGAAUACUUUAUUCUGCUUUCUCGCCGGCGCGGCCAGAAGCCGGUGCCGUACAUCGUGGCACUGGACGAGGAGUUUGAGUACUGGUUCAAGAAGGACUCGCUGUGGCAGUCAGAGCGUCUGGAGGCAGUGCGCGCCCAGGACGUCGGCCGUGUCUGCAUCCUGCAUGGACCUGUUGCAGCGCAGUACACGACUCGUCCGGACGAACCGGUGAAGAGUAUUCUGGAUGCUAUCCACGGUUACUGGGUACAGCAGAUGCAGCGGGAGAACCCUGUCGUUGCACCGGUUCAGAAUGCCGCUGAUUUUGAGUCGUUUCGUUCGUUGGUGCUGGAUGGCUUUGUCGUUGAGGACGAUGUCGACACCGUGGUAUUCAGGGCCACAUCGGAUAUUUCUCCAGAGCAGUGGUUGAAAGCUCUAUCCCCUGCGUCUUCUGUCCCGUGGUAUCGUGCCCUGUUCUCUGAGGCGUUCAUCGUACAAAACCGCAAGCUGGUUGCGAACCCCAUCCAUCGACUCUUCGCCUCCCAAAGGGUUCGAGUGGUUAAAUUGCGAAAUGUGCAAUCUGCCAGAACGCUUGAGGUCCUGAUUCAAGAGCUUGAAGACGAUGCAGACCCUUCGCGCGUAGUGGCAAGCGCCUCUCUUCGAAUGGUCUCCGAGGGAGUUCUAGCCCUAACCGUGACUGACCCUGAUGCUGUGCCCUUGGAAAUCCGCCUCGGGUACAGGCCACAACGGGGAGCUCCUAGCAUCACAGAGAUCGAAACAGAACGGGAUGGGCGCAUAAAGCACUACUACCAAAAGAUCUGGAUUGGGGGGCCUUCCUUUGCGUCAUCUUCUCCUUGGGAAUAUGUCUCACGCGGUGAAGACGUCGUCCUGACUCGCCAGAUGAUCCAUCGUUUCGCGAAGAGUAUCUGCAAUCACAACCCCAGUUACACCUCAACGGGUGAGGAUCAUUUGCGUGCACCCCUUGAUUUAGCCAUCGCGGUCGCCUGGAAGCCUCUCAUGAGCUGCCUCUUCCACCUAAGCGUAACCGGGGAUAUGCUUCGCCUUUUGCACCUCAGCAAUAGCUUCGAGUACUGUGAAGGCGUUGAACCAUUGAAAGAGGGCGACCGUCUCUCUCCUGAAGGACGUUUGACCUCGAUCAAGAUCAAGAAAGGCGUUGGCAAGGUGGUUGAGGCUGAGGCGGUGCUUCUUCGUAAUGGGACGCCCACGAUGAGUCUGAAAAGUGCGUUCAUCCUGCUGGGCGAGUACACCGACUAUGAAACCACGUUUGGGAUCGAAGAAGAGAAGAUAUGCUUUACCUUAUCCUCGAAGAAAGAGGUUGCACUUCUCAAGGCUCGGCGGUGGCUUGUCUUACAAGAGGACGUUGAUCUGCAUGACUACCUCCACAAGACAAUCGAGUUCCACGUUAAGAGUCGCUACAGAUUUAACGAGUCAGGAGGCUACGCUUACUUGACCGUCGAGGGGUCUGUGAUGGAUUGCCCGGAGUCAAAGACUGCGUCAGCUCGACUGUUGGGAUCGAUCAACCUCAGCGGUGCCUCGUACAUCAAGAAUCCAGUCACCGACUUUCUGCGCAGACACGGCACUCCCUUUCAUAUCAAGACCGAACCAUUUGCUCGCCCUCGCACCCUCAUCGGGGACCUACACGUUACGGUUCCUGACCACGCAGAGCAAUACGCCGCCGCAUCGGGCGACUGCAACCCCAUCCACGUCUCCGAGCUCUUCGCGGCCUACGCAGGGCACGACAGCCGCGUCACGCACGGGAUGUUUACCAGCGGGUUUGUGCGAGCGCUGGUCGAGUCCCACGUGGCACAAGGUGACCCCUCCAGAAUGCGCACGUGGUCGUGUUCUUUUGACGGCAAGGUUUCUCCUGGGGAUACCCUAAGCGUAAAGGUUGAGCAUGUGAGCAUGGAGCGCGGAAAUCUACGUCUGGCUGUGCAGGUGCAUAAUGUAUCGACAGGCGUCAAAGUCCUCUCGGCGCAGUCUGCCCUCAAACAACCGCUGACGGCAUAUGUCUUCACAGGCCAGGGUAGCCAGCAGCAGGGGAUGGGGAUGGAGCUUGAGACGCAAAGUCCAAGUGCGCGAAAGGUGUGGGAGGCUGCGGAUGGAUACUUCGAGAAGACAUACGGAUUCUCCAUCUCCCACAUCGUCCGAUCCAACCCCCAAACCCUCACCAUCCACUUCGGGGGCACGCAUGGCCGCGCAAUCCGACAGAACUACAUGGCCCUUAAUUUCCACUCCACCCACGCCGACGGCACGACGAUCUCAAAGCCCGUCUUCCCCUCCAUCACCCCCUCAUCCCGCUCCUACACAUUCCGCUCUCCAACCGGCCUCCUGCACCAGACGCAGUUCACGCAGCCGGCCCUCGCCCUCAUGGAGAUUGCCCGCGUGCAGGAUAUGCGAGACCGGGGUCUCAUCCAGGAGGAUUCGCUAUUCGCUGGCCACUCGCUAGGCGAGUACGUUGCGCUCGCGGCAAUCGGGCAGCUGUUCAGCGUGCAGGAUGUUGCGGCGCUGGUGUUUUACCGCGGCCUGACGAUGCAGAAUGCUGUUAGGAGGGAUGCGAACGGGGCGACGGACUACGGCAUGUGUGCUGUUAAUCCACGGAGGGUGUCGGAGACCUUCAGCGAGGAAGAUCUGCGGCGCUGUGUCGAGGCCAUUGCGGCCUGUACUGCAGGUGCAGGUGGCGGGUUGCUGGAGAUUGUGAAUCUGAAUGUAAGGAAUGCGCAGUAUGUUUGCGCUGGUGAUUCUCUCAACCCUAGGAUCCCUAACAGACGCCAUCGCCACCAAAACCCUCCCCCUCCCCCUCCCCCUAUCACCCUCCUCCCUGCACCCCUUCAUCAGAACAACCCUAUCCACCCUCAAUGCGGUAAAACCGCCCGCCCUAAAACGCACCCGCGCAACCAUCCCCCUAACCGUCGACGUCCCCUUCCACAGCACGCUCCUGCGUCCGGGCGUCGAUGCCUUCCGCCACCUGCUGCGGUCCCAGAUCACGGAGGACAUGGUGGACCCGGAUCAACUAGUGGGCAAAUAUAUACCCAACCUGGUGGGGACGCCGUUUGA